GAUUUUAUUAUAUAUAUGUUAUAUAUAUUAUAUAUGUAUAUGUCUUAGCUCUCGGAUGCAAAUAAAGGGAACGGAGAGUUGACCUGCGCAGGCGCUAGCUCCCAGUUGCAGACGCACAAAAAGUCGCAGGCUGCCUCGCGUUCCCAUGGUCGUCGUCGCCGCGCACCACUCGGGCUCGCCGUCGCCGCCGCCGCCUCCCGACGCCGCCGCAGCGGCGGCGAUGGAGGAGGCCGGGAGGAAGGUGGUGGAGAGGGAGGAGCAGCAGCGCGGGACGAGGGGGAGCGGGAGGGUCGCGGCCGUCGUCGCCGCCGCCCCCGGAGGAGGUGGCGAGAUCGAGAUAGAGAUGGAGGCCGCCGCGGCGGGUGGCGCCGCCGGGGCCUCGUCGUCGGGGCAGCGACACGAUGAUGAUGCGGAACAAGGCGGCCUCCUCCCGCAGAGGCCAACAUGGAAGAGAUUUGUAGCGCAUGCUGGACCUGGUUUUCUUAUAUCCUUGGCUUACCUUGACCCUACCAACGUGCAGACUGAUUUGCAGGCUGGAUCAAGUCAUAAAUACGAGCUGUUAUGGGUUCUCUUCUUUGGCUUCAUUUUCGUAUUGAUCAUACAAUCAUUGGCUGCAAAGCUGGGCAUCAUUACAGGAAUGCAUCUUGCUGAGUUGUGUAUGCAUGAAUACCCAAAGCAUGUGAAGUAUGGACUCUGGUUGCUCAUCGAGGUUGGUGUGAUUGCUGCCACUGUACCAGGAGUGUUAGGAACUGCUUUGGCAUACAACAAAUUGCUCCACAUCCCUUUUUGGGGUGGUGUUCUAAUAUGUGGAGCAAGCACUCUCCUGAUUCUGACUUUACAGUGUUAUGGGGUUAGGAAAAUGGAGAUGAUAGGUAUUAUUUUUAUUUUCACCAUGGCCUCUUGCUUGUUUGUUGAUUUGAGCAAUGCCAAUCCUCCUAUGGGUGAGGUAAUUCAGCACCUAUUCAUACCAAGAUUGCGGGGGGCUUAUGCUACAUCAGAUGCAAUUGCAGUAUUUUGUUCUCUUAUUGUACCACACAAUCUCUUCUUACAUUCUUCAUUGGUGCUAUCAAGAAAACUACCAUCUUCUCCUAACGAAGUCAAAGAAACAUCUACAUUCUUCUUGAUUGAGAAUGCAUUUGCUUUGUUCCUUGUGCUACUUGUAAAUGUAGCCAUUGUGUCAAUUACGGGGACUAUAUGUGCUAAUAAUCAAUCGGUUGACGACAUCAUUAGCACAUGUAGUGGUCUUACAUUGAAUUCCACAUCUGUAUUACUCAAGAAUGUGCUUGGAAAAUCAAGUUCGAAAAUAUAUGGAUUGGCAUUGUUAGCAUCAGGUCAAAGUUGUGCAGUGGCUACCAGCUACUCUGGACAAUACAUUAUGCAGGGUUUCUCUGGGAUGAGAAAAUGCAUCAGUUAUAUCAUUGGACCAUGUUUCACCAUCAUACCUAGUUUGAUAAUUUGUAGCAUCAGCGGUGUCCCUCAUGUUCGACAACUUAUCAAUAUAUCCGCAAUCAUACUAGCUUUUGUGUUGCCAUUUGCCCUGGUUCCUCUCCUCAAAUUCAGUAGCUGUUGUGCAAUGAUUGGGCCAUACAAGAACACAACUGGUAUUGUCCGAGUCACAUGGAUCCUCUCCACGGUAAUUAUGGGGAUUAAUAUUUAUUCCUUUAGCACAAGCUUUAUCAGUUGGCUUGUGCAUAGUGAACUCCCAAGGAUAUUGAGCGCAAUAAUCAGCACCCUUGUCUUCCCUUUCAUGGCGGCAUAUAUAGCAGCUCUAAUAUAUUUGGUUUUCAAAAAAGUUAAUGUUUCUGUCCCAUUGCCUACCACAUCAGUUUCCAGCGAGACUGAAGUAGAAGUACGGAGGCAAGAUGACAAAGUUGAUGAUAUCCUUGUACGUUGAUAUGUUUACAAGAUAGCAUACAGAUCUAAUUCUUUCAUGAACAAAAUUCAGUUUUGUUCAUACAUCAUACUCAAGGAAGACAUCAAGCCAUGAAAGAUGUAUAUAGCUGUAUAUAUAACUUGCUGAUAGUUGUAGAUUUGUUAUCGAGUAAAUUGCACUCCAGAUCCCUGAACUUAUUCUGCAAUUUUACAUAGGUCC